UGGCGUAAUCGGGGCGGAGUUGCGUUGUUGGGUCUUUCAGUCGUUGCGCCGUACACACCUGGGAGAGGUUGGUUGUGAUGUGCUCGUGAUCGUUGUUGCGGUUUGACGUGUUAAAUUUGGCGCGCGCCGGUGUCGGAAGCGAACUGUUUGAGGGUGAACGAGGACUGUGUUGUUGGUAUAGUGGAUGUGUGCAUUUCGUCGCCCCCGGAAGUCGACUCUGAUUACGACCGCGGGGGCGAGCUCGAAUUGUGAUUACAGAGCUGUUUCGACUCUGUGCCGGGGGUGAUAUGGGGAUCUAGGUUGCCGUGGAACUGAAACAUAUUCUUGCGCGUUUAAUCGCGACUAUAUAUAUAUAUACAUAUACAUUUUUCAUUCUUUGGACUGUGUUGGUAGCGAUAGUUGCUUUACGAAAGACCGAGAGUUGAAGGACCUUUGAUAGUGGAGUCGAGCGAGCGGUGAUCGCAUUAUUGGUUUGGUUUACUUUCCUCGCAUCGGUGAUUUCGGUCAGAGUUUUCUGAUCCAUAUUCCCAUCGUUCUAAUUUCCUCCUAGUUUCAUUGACUUGAAGUUGUGAGGAUCGGUUUGAAUUGCACAUUAUGAGUAGGGUGUGACGUCGAAAGAGUUGCUUGAUGAAUUCGAUUAGUGAGUGGGUUCACAGACAGGAGCAAUUGGAGUGUGCGGAAAAUAUUUUUUGUGAAUGGUUCUUCCGUAUACAGUAAUCGUUCAGUUCAUCUAGUAGUUCCAUCUGUAGGCUGAAGAGCUCCUGUGCCGAGCUUGUGAGAAUGGGCAAGAAGUCUCCAGUCAUGAAGCUGUUCUCUGUGAAAGAAGCGGCCUCUCCAUCCGGUGAAGCAGGUGCAGACAUGGACAACAGGGCUCCACUGUCUCCAAUUUUUGUGAGGCCUCGAAACAAAGUCGCUGCAGUCGCUCAUCAGCAACAAGGUCUCGGCAACCACGUUCAUCCGACCUCAGCACCCACAUUGCAAGGGUUGAAGAAGAGCCAGAUGCCGCCAUCGUCUUUUUCUCAAAAAAGCAAUAGCACGGAGUACGUGGAAAAUAUUGCGAUCUUACCGCCGGGUACUCCGGACCAUAAGUUUGCUGCCCCGUCCACUCCGAAGAGUUCAAGCAAGAAAAGAUUUGGGUGGAUCAACACCCGGCAGCAAGCUCAGCAACAGGAGGAGCCAGCCUCUGGUCCUUUAGGGCUGAGGGCACCUUCAACUAUGGGUUGUGGCUCUCCGAAGCAUAAUCCUAGAGAGUCAGGGCUGGAGUUGAUCAAUCACUUUUCAGAUACAGCAUCUUCAGCGUCCUCCACCUGCUCAGACCUCAGCAUUCCAUCAUGUGCUAGUAGCAGCCUGUACUCGGGAUUUACCACGUCCAGCAAGAUGGGAUCCGAUACCGAAUCCGCUUCAAGCACUCCAAGAACUACUCCUAGCAAGAAUAUCCCUCGUCCAGGAAAGCAUGCACAAGGGAAUUGUACCUCCAAAGUCUUGUCAAUCUCAAAUUCAGUUGUUAGUCUUCAGCAGAGUGCUCCGGCCUUCGAAUUACAAGAAGACCCCGAAUUCUGGAAUGAUCAUAACGUGCAGGUUCUGGUUAGGGUCCGUCCAGUUAGCGCCUCAGAGGUAUCAGGGCAGGGCUUCUCCAGAUGUGUUCGACAAGAUGGUCCCCACACCAUAACCUGGCUCGGUCAACCCCAGACUCGUUUCUCUUUUGAUCAUGUUGCUGGCGAGUCUAUCACGCAGGAAGACCUCUUUAGAGUUGCUGGUACACCAAUGGUGGAAAAUUGCAUGCGAGGAUACAACAGCUGUAUGUUUGCUUAUGGCCAAACAGGGAGUGGAAAGACGCACACAAUGCUCGGUGACAUUGACGACCUGGCAAUUCGACCAAGCCUCCAACGUGGGAUGACUCCUCGCGUUUUUGAAUACUUGUUUGCUAGGAUCCAACAAGAAGAGAAUCUUAGGGAGCAAGAGCAGUUAAGGUUUGUGUGCAAAUGCUCGUUUCUCGAGAUAUACAACGAGCACAUCACUGAUUUGUUAGACCCCACGUCCAUCAACCUACAGAUUCGAGAAGAUGUGAAGACUGGAGUAUAUGUGGAGAAUUUGAAAGAGGUCGAGGUCAAAUCUGUCCACGACGUUGUGCAGUUACUAACUCAAGGUGCUUCCAACAGGAAAGUUGCGGCGACAAACAUGAAUAGAGAGAGUAGUAGGUCGCACAGCGUUUUCGCUUGCACUGUCGAAAGCAAGUGGCAGGCCAACUCAUUGACCAACAUCAGAUUUGGACGUCUGAAUUUAGUAGAUCUUGCCGGAUCGGAGAGACAGAAGUCUUCAGGGGCUGAAGGUGAUCGUCUAAAAGAAGCCGCUAACAUCAAUAAAUCUCUAUCAACACUCGGGUUGGUCAUCAUGACACUUGUAGAUAUCGCAAAUGGGAAGCAGCGCCAUGUCCCGUAUCGUGAUUCAAAACUGACCUUCCUACUGCAGGAUUCACUUGGUGGGAAUUCGAAGACAACAGUUAUCGCCACAAUCAGCCCUUCCAAUGGGAAUGCUCUGGAGACCAUGAGUACUCUGAAGUUUGCCCAGCGUGCAAAGUUAAUAAAAAACAGUGCUCAUAUCAAUGAGGAUUCUUCAGGGGAUGUUAGCGCUUUACGUCGUGAAAUCCAGCAACUGAAGGAAGAGAUCAACCACCUGAAGUGUCAGAACGUCUCGGCAAUCCUUCCAUUAGAAGGCGAUCACCCUAAUGUGGUUGCUGCGAAUCCUGCCCCUACAAUCAGCUCAAACAACCUACUCUUAAAGAUUAGGGCUAUCGAGGCUACGCUUACUUCUGCCUUGAGAAGAGAGCAGCAGGCUCAAUUGGCAGCUAAACGAUAUGCCACCGAAAUUGACCAGCUGCAAACUCUGAUCCAACAGCGUGAUCAGAACACCCAGAGCAGUAGAAUGAUUCUUCGGUUCAGAGACGAGAAGAUACGCAGAUUAGAAGCAGUGGUGGGCGGAAAACUGCCAGUCGACCACUAUCUGAUUGAGGAGAACAAGAAAUUGGCUGAGGAGCUUGAUCUUGUAAGAUUACAAGUGGAGCGGAAUCCAGAACUCACCCGGUUUGCAAUGGAAAACAUUCGACUUUUGGAACAACUCCGAGGAUUUCAAAAAUUCUAUGAGCACGGAGAGCGUGCGACUAUUAUGGAAGACAUUGGGAAUCUUAGAGACCAGUUACUAGAAAUGACAGAAACAAAGCUCGCCCUUGAACAGGGAGCUAUGGCUCUUUCGAGUGCACAGGCAGACAAGUACCGCAAGGAACUUGAGAUCUGCUGUAACGACUUGAGCACCUGUUUGGAGAUCAACUCGGCAUUGACUAGACAAGUGGAGCAGCUGAAGUCACAAGUCGCACAACUUAGUGCCCGCUGUCAAGAGCAGCAGCAAGACUUGGAUUUCCUCAAGGCUCAACCAAUGGGACGCCUGGAGGAGUUAGAGUUGGAAAGGUCUGUACACUUGCAAAUCAUCGAGGACUUGAAGGCUCAGCUUCAGCAUCAGCAGAAAGAGAGCGAAGAGCUCAAACGAAUCGCCCGUGAAGAGGACGUGAAAAAUGUAGUUCAGGACAAAUACACUGUACACCAGGCGCAGGCUGAGGUCCAAGUCCAGGUGCAGCGAGAGGUUUCUGUUAAUCCAGAGCCGGAGCCUUAUGCUGAAGCCUUCACAACUGAUCAAGGUUCUUUAUUCGAUGAAGAUAUUGAGCAAAUUUCAGUCUGUAACGUGAAACAAGCAGCAAUGGAAACCGAGUUUGAGACAUUUUCUGAGCUGAUGAGAGCGAAAGCGUCACUCUUAGACGAAGAUCUUGAAAAAUUAGAUGUGUGUACUAAGCGUCAGAGUUUGGAGUCAGAGUUUGAGGCAUACUCCGGGGCUCUUGAGGAAAAGAAAGCCUACCUUUCUGAGGAGUUUGUGCGUCAGAGAGUAGCUGCGAAGACCUUAGAAAUGGCUGCUCAUUUCGAACCUUUUACUGAGCUUAUGGAAGGGGAAGAGAACCUUUUGAGGGAAAGUUUGGAGCAAAAAUGUCCAGACGCAGACGCAGGGAUUUCAUCGAUGCUUGACAAAUCCAGUAGUACGAAAUCACCAGCCAAUGGUCAUUGCAAAGACUUAGGGACCACUCCAGAGCCAGAGACGGUGCCUCUCCAAGGUUCACAUACUAAUUCUGAAAUUCCCGCGACUUCUCCCAUGGUUUCAGAGCCGCAAGAGGUGGUACUGCUGGCGACUUCACAGGUGAAGUCAGACGUUGAGGCACGUCCGGCUCUUUUGGAGAUGUCAGAUAUAAGUCCCGGGGAAUCGGUGCUCUCUCCAGAACCUCAGGUAGUUAGUAUUUCAGAAGAUGUCUCGCCUCAACAGUUAGCUGUUGACAUACUGGUCACAACUGAGGAAUCCACAUCGGCUAGAGAUAUCAAGCAGAAUUUGUCGGUACCGAACUCUUCGCAAGUUGGUCUCGACACCAGAACGACCGGAGAUGUUGAGGCAAUGUCCAUGGGUUCUGAUCGUGAACAAUCACAUUUGACUGACAUAAAUGCUGCGCAUGAAGAGGACCAUGUCGGGGUGCGUAGCGACACCGCCGAAAUGAUCACAGACGUCGAGAUACUCAAACAGCACAUGGUGGACAAGGCGCAUACUGUCUUGGAUGGAGAUACGACCAGAACUGAAGAGAGCCUUAAGUCGGAUUAGUCAAAACUUAAUUGCAUGCCCUAAGGUUCUGAGUUAGCGGGCGAGAAGAUCGGUUGCUGGAAAACGACGCCCCUGAGUUUCGUCUCAGGACGAUUUGCGAGCACUAAAACUUAUUUCUCUCCCGCGCCGACACAUCCUGAAACCGCCGGAGUUAACAUGUUGAUAAGUCUCAGACAAUAACCCCGUUGUCCGGGUACACAGAGAUGCCCCGAGUAAUUAAACUCAGAUUACGACCCUCACUAAGUCGGCCAUCAUGUAGGUUCGUGCCAUCCCUCCAAAGACGCUCUAGAUGACGAAAUCAUUUUGUUCUGAUUAGUGAAUCAUGGGUCGAGGAUACCUGCCCUAUUGAAAUGCGUCUUUAGCUUGCUAAGCGUAAGACUCUGCUCAAGCUGCAACAUACAGGAUAUUAUUUGGGUUUGCAGAGGUCUCGGAUCGCAACUGCAGCACAUAGUGACGCAGACCUAAUGGGAGUUGUACAUCCGACGGCUGAAGCACUGUUUUGGCAAGUAGAAGAGCAGCUGUAAGUCGGACCAUUUUUGCUUGACGUCCUACCACGGAACACUUACUACGACCGACCAAGCCUGAAGAGGCUUGACUCUACUAACCAUUAAUUGAGAGAUAUAUACACACAUAUUCGUAUAAGGCGGGGACCUACUCAGCACUGUAUAUCUAGGGAGCAACGUUGGCCUUAGGCUUUGUGGGCUAGGCAAGGAUUUUUCUGGCUGCUGGCUAACUCAGGAGUUGAAUCACGUUGAUGGGAGCGGCAUUGAACUUCGACACAGCCGGAUUUUACUUCGAGUCAACUUGGCCUUCGUGGAAUACUGUUGUCAUGGGUGGUUAGAGUGACCAUUGCACCUGUUUCGGACCCAUCCAUGCAAGUUUUUUUUCAGCCUGUACAGAUUUCUAUUCCUAUUCGCUUGCCUAGGAAUUUUCUUUCUGGGCCCGUAGUCCUGUACGGGAAAGUCGGUGUGAUGUGAUUCAAGGAAGGUUUGAAUUCCAUUCUCACCCUUUUAAUUAGUUAGCUCAGGUUUGAUUGAACCCGGAGAUGGACCUGCAACUUCAUGACUGCUGAACUUGUGUUUCUCUCACCAUAAUCUAUUGUAAUUCCACUUCGAUUAAAUGCCAUUUAUGAUCUUUUUCCAGAGGUUAC